UACGCUUUUACGAAAAAUUUACGGCAUUUGCCAAAACGAGGCUCGAAAUGUAACGCGUAAGUCCCCUGUGGUCGAUUGGCGCGAACGUCGAGACAGGAAAGCCAUUUUGGAAAGAAUGUCGGAGGGCUGCGGGAGUAGGAGAUUGGAAGAAAGCGAGGGCAUCGAUUUUAAAUGGAUUGGGAAACAUUAUGACAUUGAUGACAACGGUUGCAAGUAUUACAAGUCAUGCUCAAUUGAUGGUCAAGUGUAUGACAUCAAUGAUGAUGUGUUAGUGCAAGGGGACAAGGAUAAAUCAUAUGCUUGUAGUGUCAAGUGUUUUUAUGUUGAUGAGUCAAGAGAAGAAGUGAACAGAGCUGAAGUAUGUUGGCUCUUUGCUUUCAAAGAAUUGCCCAGAAAAUGCAGAAUUGCUUUAAAGAAUUAUAGCGUCCAUAAGAAAGAAGUCUUUCAGCCCUUAGCUGAAUCUGAUGGAUCAUUAUUUGAGAAUGCGAUUGAAGACAUUGAUGCAGAGACAAUUGGAUCACUUUGCUUUGUUAAGGAGCUUGGAGUCAAAGAAAAUAUCCCAACCACUCUGAUAAGAAUGAAUAUGUUGCGAUAUGGGUUCAAUAAGAACGGAGAGUUGGCGGCCAUAACAAAAACUGAUAAAUCUAUGAAACAUGACAAUUGUGCUGCAGAAGGAGUGGAGAAACCGAGUCAGAAUGAUACAAAAAAAGAGCGAGCCAGGAGAGCCCAAACACCAAGCAGAGAAAAAAGCAAAAGAAAGGCAAGCAAAAGUAUCCCAGAUGAAGGAAGAGAAAUAAUUUUUGCAAAAAAGAAUAGAAAUCUGGCUCCUGAGCCAACUACCUACCAAGCCAACAAAUCAUUCAAUUCUGCUGAGGCUCUGAGCGAAUUGAUGAAAGAAGGUGAUGAAGAUGUGUUUUCUUCUGGAGAUGAGAGCUCACUCGCAUCGGUUGAAACAAGACCGGUUCCAGAUUCAAAUAAUAAUAACAAGACUGUUAGAAAACCAGAGCUGAAAGAACAGUCAAAGGCAUCAGUGGACAUCGUAAGAAGAAGGACCCCUCGAGACACUCCAAAGAGAAGCGUUAACUCUCUGAAGACAAGGCCAAACACAGCCAAUGAAAGUGCAAGUCGGCCACAAAAACAAGUCUUGCGCCACAAAACACCGCAAAAGGAUGUUCUAAUUGAUGCUGUCGUGGAGGAGGUUCACUACCAUGGGCUAAAGGUGAAAUCAAAAUCAAAGAAUGAAAUCGUCAGCAUUAGCGGUGACGAUGAUCAUGAUGAUGAUGAACUUGUGGACGGUGAAUACAAGCCUGUUGGGGGGUCAGAAUCAGAGACUGAUGAUGAAGGAGAAGAGAGUGUUGACGAAUCAAGUUCAGAUGGAAGUAUGGAUACAUCAAGGAAAAAACAUGACCGAUCAGUUGCAGCCAGGACACCAGCAACUAAAAGUUCAAUAAAAACAAAGAAAACGCCAAGGAAAUCCUUACACACACCGGCUAGGACGCCGCGCGGAAUGGGAAAACGAAAUUUCACGCCGUCGAUCUCGGAUAGGAAGGCGCCGCGGUUGACGCCAAGAACGCCACUGCAGCAGGCACGGCAGAGGCUGCAUGUGUCCGCAGUGCCAGAAUCAUUACCGUGCCGCGAGCAGGAAUUCGCAGAUAUCUAUGCAUUUGUCGAAGGAAAACUCAACUCAAGCCUUGGAGGAUGUAUGUACAUCUCUGGCGUGCCAGGAACUGGCAAGACGGCAACCGUGCAUGAAGUGGUCGCAGAACUGGCAGAUGAAGCCCGCACUGGCGCAGUACCAAACUUUCAGUAUAUUGAGUUGAAUGGGAUGAAGCUGACCGAGCCAAACCAGGCCUACGCGGCGUUUCUCAAGGCGCUCAAAGGACAGAAAACUAGUCCAGAACACGCUGCUAGUGUAUUGGACAAGCUGUUCAGCGGAAAAGGCGAAAACAGGGACCAUGUUGUAUUGCUAGUUGACGAGCUGGAUUUGCUGUGGACAAGAAAGCAGAAUGUCAUGUACAACUUGUUCGAGUGGCCUACACGGAAACACGCCAAAUUGAUUGUGCUAGCGGUCGCUAACACGAUGGACUUACCAGAGCGUGUUAUGAUGAACCGAAUCUCUAGCAGGCUUGGCCUAACUCGAAUGACUUUUCAACCAUACACGUUCAGGCAACUACAAGAAAUUGUUUAUUCUCGAAUCAAAGGAAUCGAUGCAUUUGAAGAAGAUGCCAUGGAACUCAUUGCAAGGAAGGUGGCUGCAAUUUCUGGUGACGCCAGGAGAUGCCUAGACAUAUGCCGCAGAGCAGUGGAAAUUGCGGAAUCGCAUGUCUCUGGGGGCAGCCCGAGGAAAGCCAACAGAGGCAUUGUGGGAAUGAGGCACGUAAAUGAGGCUUUACAGGAAAUGUUUUCGUCUCCGAAGAUAAUUGCUCUGAGGAGUCUGUCCUUAUUUCAAGGCUUCUUUAUGAAAUCGGUUGUCGCUGAGUUUCGACGUUCCGGGCUGGAGGAAGCGUUCUUCAAAGAUGUUUAUGAUCAGUUUCAAGAACUUUGCAGAAUCGAAGGUGUAAAGCCACCAAAUGCAUCUGAGGCUUUCAGAAUAGGAAACAUGCUUGGCUCAUUCAAAUUGCUUCUCACAGAGCCAGGACAUGCAGAUAUUUAUCAGAGAAUUAGGCUGAAUGUUAGCCAGGAUGAUGUUUUAUUCGCACUCAAAGAAGCUUCAAAGAAGCUUUAAACCUGCAGACUGGAAGAGGAGACAGUCAACAGCCUUAUUUUUCAAGCAGACCAUUUACAACUUUAGACAUUUAAAAUGCAGUAGAACUUAAACUUGUCUAUCUUGCAUAUUAAAUACAGAAGUUGAAAAGUAAAAAUAAAAUUUAUUUUCCUUAGUAAGACAUAUUUUGAAGAUUUUGAUAUUUUCAAAAGUAAUUUCAUGUGCACAAUGGCAAGCAAAGUUGAGGGGAGGGUUGGGGGUAUUUCUUAAUUAUAUUUUAAAUUAAUGAAAUUAAUGUUUCAAGAUAAAAAUUCUGAAUUGAAGCAUUCAGUGAUCUAAUCAAAUGUAAUUUACCAGUCCUAUUUUUGCUGUUUUUCAAGCCUCAAAUUCCAUUCUUAUGGUAUUCUUAGCAGCUGGUACCCCUACAGGAGCAUCCCAUUAAAAUCAUUUGAUUCCUAACUCUCAUUUUGAUCCUCCCUACCCAUCUCAUUUUCUGCCCACCACAGGCAUUCAAUACUAAUUUUCUGCCCAUUUAAGACAGUCCAAACAAAUUUAUAAGAAAUUUUCAAUCAGACACAUUUGCUCUUGAAACCAUUUUCAUUUUUUUAUGUAUUUAAAUAUGUAUUUUAUAUAAGCAACCCUUGAGUAAAAAGAAGAUGCUAGAUGAAAGAGUGAGGUCUUUUAUGCACGUUUGUGAAUCCAUUUUGAUUUGUCUUUUCAGUCUUUGUGUAUGUAAAUGGUAAUGUGGCCAGCCUUUUUUGGACUUCAAUUUGUUUUGUCUACAAAAAAAAUUUUUUUAAGAAUACAAAGUAUAAAACAUCCAGUCACAGAGACCUGGUCAAAGGUCACAUCAAAUCAAACAAUAACAUUCUAAAGGGAAAGAGGGGAGUAUUUUUUCAAUAUCAAAUAAUAUCAAAUAGAAAUUGGUAUUGAUGAUAUUGUGAAAAUGCAAAAAAAGGCAAACUUAUUUCCAUCUUGCCAGUGGCGGAGCCACAGGGAGGGGAACGGGGGAGAAAGUUUGGUCUUUUUCAGAAAGUUGGUCCUUGAGAUUCUUGCAAACCUGAGGAGAAAACAUCAGGGAGACAACAGGUGUUUCCUCCGGAAGAAGAGUUUCAAACAGAAAAAGCGCGUGGUCCCUGACACACCUUUUGUCCCCCCCCAUUUAUCCCAGGCUGGAGCCGCCACUGCAUCUUGCACAUGGCCACAAUGUCACAAUAUUUUUCAAGCUUUGAAUUUAGCAUAUAAACAAAAAGUAAAAUGGCGGGCAACAGGGCUACAAGUUUUGGCAUAAAAUAUUAGCCGGUAUAUACAAUGGGAUGAAUUUAUAAGAUACCAUACCCUGUUAUACAGAAAGACUCCAAAGACAGCCAAGAACAUUCCAACUGAAUUCAUUGGAGUUAUUGGGUUUUUCAAAGUUAAAAUUGAUAUGGCAAUAACUAGAAUUCUUUUGGUGGCAGUUGCAACGGAGUAGCUCAGAGGUGAUAGGAGAUUCAGGACUGAAAAUGCCAUAAUGUUCUGUGUGAA